AUGGCGUCCGCUGCGCAAGCCGACCCCGACACGCCGAUCACUGUCAAGCUGAGCCUCGACGGUCAUCCCCGCCGGUUCAAGCUCGCACUUCGUGACGUCGGCAUAGAUGUGCUCGAGUCCAAGUUGCGAAAUGCACUGAAUCUGCCCGACGACACCGAGGCCGUCUUUGAGCGCUACUCCGACUCCGGCUCUGCUUACGUCGUGCUCGACCAGACCAACGUAGCCGUUUAUAAGCAGCUAUACCGCGCUGCCAAGGCUAAGCAUAAGCUCAAGCUCCGCGUCACAGUCAAACGGAACUUGCCUGAGGAGGAGCAGGGCCCCAAGCCGGCGUCGGUCGCCGACGAACCGGAGGAAGAGGAAAGCCACCCAAGCGCCGGAUCCACCGAUCCCGAAUGUGAGGCCAAGCAGCAGGCCAAGUCGGAUGCUCUCCGCGCUAUUGCCGCCAUCACCGACUUCAAAUUUGGCGACACCAAGCCUCUGGUGCCGGUAGUGUACGCGGACAUGAGCAGUUUCACCUCUGCGACAGCGCCGGCGCCUAAGGAGGACCCAUCACCGGUGCAGCCCGAUACCACCUCGCCCCCAACACCGCCCUGCAAUGUGGAAUGCCCGGCAAUCCAUACCAACUUCGCCGUGUGUUGCAACAGCUGCGACAAUACCAUUCCGGACGCUCACUACCAUUGCUCCACCUGCGACGACGGCGAUUUUGACCUCUGCCAGACUUGUGUCAACCAGGGUGUCACAUGCAAGGGAGCCAACCACUGGCUCAUCAAGCGCUUUGUCAAGAGCGGAGUCAUCAUCAACAGCACGACAGAACGCCUGGGUCCCAAGCCCAAGCCGAAGAAGACCCAGCCCAAGCCGGCCGCGGACCCGGUAUCAGUUGCGGAAAGGAUCAUCCCGGUUUUCAACGACAACGUGUACUCGAGCAUGCGCACCUGCAACUGCUGCGUGCAGGAGUUGCCCGAGGCCGAAUUCGCCCACUGCACAUCCUGUGAAGAUUUCGACCUCUGCCGGUCUUGCUUCGCCAAGAACCGCCACGGCCACCACCCCAAGCAUGCCUUCGUCCCGGCUGUCGAGGGCACCAGGUUCGACGACGAGGUCGCCCGCCGUCUCCCCGCUGGCCGUGGGCAACCCCACAACGCCAUUUGCGACGGCUGCGACAAGGGCGUCAAGGGCGUUCGCCACAAGUGCUUGGACUGCCCUGAUUGGGAUUACUGCUCCGAUUGCGUGGUAAACGCUAGCUUCAUCCACCCCGGCCAUCGUUUCGUUCCCGUCUACGACCCCCUCCAGUACGAUGGCGGUGUUCGCAUCCGUGCGAUGAACCGGCCCGUUCACGUCGGCAUCUGCUGCGAUGGCCCCUUGUGCUCCGACGCCCGCACCAACUCCACCUACAUUGUGGGCGACCGCUUCAAGUGUGCCGUCUGCGACGACACCGAUUUCUGCGCGUCGUGCGAGGCUAGCCCUGGCAACUCUCACAACCGCACCCACCCUCUCAUCAAGUUCAAGUCACCUGUGCGCCAUGUCAGCGUGACCACUACCGGUGAGAACCUGAACGGCCGACAGAUGCCGGUCAUGGGCGACCGCCCUAGGGCCCGUUCUCCCGCCGCAAGCACUUGGACCGUGCCUACGGGCUCGGCAUCUCCCCGCCUCCGAACCCUGCCCAUUCCCGCCGCCCCAACGUCCCUGCCGCCGGCGACCGAGAUGAAGAGGCCAUGCUCUCCCAAGCCGGAGCCGACCCCUUACGAACCGACCACCUUCGAUUCUCCACCACCAGUGGAGGCGAAGGAGAAGACUGAGGAAACCCCGGUCUCCCCCAAGGAUCUCGUGGCCACCUUCGUCCGGGAUACCGUCCAGGAUGGCACCAUUUUCGGCCUUGACCACGUCUUCGAGCAGACUUGGGUCCUUCGCAACAGCGGCAACGUUGCGUGGCCGGCCGGCUGCUCCGUCAAGUUUGUUGGCGGCGACUACAUGGGCCACCUCGACUCUAACCACCCUGCCGCCACCCGGGAUGUCGAGUUCUCGUGCGAAUCCACCAUCUGCUACGCCUCCAUCCAGCCCGGCGAGGAGUUCCCCUUCACCGUGCUCCUCAGAACCCCUUCGCGUGCCGGCAGGAUCGUGUCGAACUGGCGAUUGACCACUAAGGAGGGCGAUCGCUUUGGCCACCGUCUUUGGUGCGACGUCGUCGUUGAGAAGCCCAAGGUCCUUCUCCCGCAACCCAAGGUGCUUCCACCGCAGCCCGAGGUGUCGCAGCCUGAUGUGCUUCCACCGCAGCCCAAGAUGCUUUUGCCGCAACCCCAAACCCCUCAGUUUGUCAUCCGGAAGAAGCAACAGGACAACGAGGUUGUCGAGGCUGAGCCUAAGGUCGAGGCUGAGCCGGAGGUCAAGCCUGAGCCGGAGGUCGAGCUUGAGCACAGCCAGAUGAUUUUCCCCAAGCUGGAGAAGGAGUCGCCUGUUGCCAGCAUCCAUGGGGCGUCCAAGACCGAGUCGGUUUCUGCUCAGGACGAGUACGAGGACUGCGAGGACAGCGAGUGGGUCGAGGGCGGGUCUGAGGACGCUUUCCUCACUGACGAGGAGUACGACAUCCUUGACGCCUCGGACGAGGAGUUCGGCUUCGGCGGCAACCACUCCCUGAAGAAGUAA